AUGGUCAAGAAGAGAAAGAACAACGGCCGCAACAAGAAGGGCCGCGGCCACACCAAGCCCAUCCGCUGCAGCAACUGCUCGCGAUGCACCCCCAAGGACAAGGCGAUCAAGCGCUUCACCAUCCGCAACAUGGUCGAGUCCGCCGCCAUCCGUGAUAUCUCCGAUGCCUCCGUCUUCGCCGAGUACACCGUCCCCAAGAUGUACCUGAAGCUGCAGUACUGCGUCUCUUGCGCUAUCCACGGCAAGAUUGUCCGGUACGUUGUCUCCCCUGGGAGUGUUACAACUGCGCCCUUGCGGCCUCUCGAAAAUCCUAUAUCCCCCGAGCCCCCCUCUUUCACAAGUGUCCGAUCUCGCGAGGGCCGCCGUAACAGGGCUCCUCCUCCCCGUGUCCGCUACAACAAGGACGGCAAGAAGAUCGUCCCCACCGCUGCCCCCAAGGUCUAAG